GCGAAUUUCUUAUUCAAUACAGCGUGUGGAUGCAGCGUUCUUCAGAUCACUAUUUGCGUCCAACAUUGAAGGCAACUCUUGAAUCGAGCCCGUCGGUUUACUAUUAGUAGGCCACGAUGCAUUCUAUUUGGACAAGAGCGAACACACUGCUAACAUUUUUUGGGACGAUAGCGGCUAUCCUGUGCCUAUUGACGACCGGGACAGAUCUCCUUCAUCAAUCCAACCCCAAAGUAAAGCUAGGCCUUCGGGAAGUUAAGCGGCUUGUGCAGCAUCAUGGAGGAAAAGAACAUGCGGUGGUGACUCUUGACCUAGAUGCUGACCUGAGGAGCGUGUUCAGCUGGAACACGAAGCAGCUCUUUGUCUUUGUACAAGCCGAGUAUGAGACGCCCGAGAACCAUGUGAACCAGAUUGUGCUCUGGGAUCACAUUAUCCAGCAAAAGGAGCGGGCUCACUUGCAGCUGGCCAACCACAAAACCAAGUACGCUUUCAUCGACACCGGCCGCAACCUGCGGGACAGACCGGUGAACCUGACGCUCGUGUGGUGUGUCAUGCCGCGAGUCGGUCGCAUGUUUUCGCAGCAGCACUCGCAGCCCGUUGGGAGGCUUCCAGCCGCCUACAUUUCGUCAUGAGUCCCUGCAAGCCACAAGCACCCCAGCCUGUUGCAUGGGCUGAGUGAGUCCCAUGGAGGGCUUGUGGACAAAGAUGGCUCCUGCUGGGCUGCAGUGCUGAAACGGUUGCAACGGUGGCUGAUGUGCUGAGGCGCGAGAGCGGCUGAUGUGUGUGUGUGGUUCCGAGUCAGGAGUCACUCCGGGCACCCUGGGUUGGCUUGGCUUGUCUUGGUUUGCGACAGUCCCGGAGUUGGUUGAUUGUCCCGGGUCGGCUCAGUGUAUCUAAUCUCGGGGUGGUUGAUGAGUUCCAGCGCGCGAGAGCGGAAACAGCUGCGGCAAGAGCUUGCAUGGGGCCGGAAAACCUUGAGGAGGGAUGACGAACAUGACAUGAAGCGCGGCUUUG